AAUGAAGCCCUUUGCUUUUCGUAUUCUCUUGUCUAGAUGUCACACUUCUUGUUUAUCCUAAUUCUACUCUAUGUGGAGGAGACUCUUUGUUUGUAUUCGUCUUGUCCUUUCCUACCAGUCCAUCACGAAGCUUCCUGUGGCUAUUUCUACUUCCCCUCAAGUAUAAUCUGACAUGGUGACACCCAAUAAACUCCGUUGCCAACUGCAUUAUUUUUGUAUGGUUUUGGUUUGUUAGAGCAAUGCCUUGGUGGGAUUUGGGAUCUCUUUCUUGGUUUAGGAUCUUUCGGGUGCUAGUUAAUUUGGGGAUGAAAUAUUUCGAGGGCUAGUCCCGUAUGAUUUUUCACAACACAUUCGUGUUUAUUUAUAUGCAUAGCCCUACUCCCAGUAACUUCGGGAUGUAUUAAGCAAGAGGUCAGAGAUUUCUGUGGUUACUAGUGGUUGGUUUUCGCCCGAUGACUUUCCAUUGAUAGAACAGAAGAAUAAAGAGGAAAGAAUGAGGGAAGUUCAGCUUGGUUCACAUACUGUCAAGUCCCAUGGACUCACAGUUGCAAGGACACAUUUGCAUGACUGGCUAAUACUUGUGCUUCUUAUGCUGAUUGAGAUCAUCCUAUAUACAAUCCAUCCAUUUUAUCGCUUUGUUGGGAAGGAUAUGAUGAAUGACCUCAAGUAUCCCUUUAAAAGCAAUACAGUACCAGUUUGGGCUGUACCUGUCUAUUCAGUUCUGUUGCCAAUUGUGAUUUUUCUUGUCGUCUAUUUCCGGAGAAGAGAUGUCUAUGAUCUUCAUCAUGCCAUACUAGGUCUCUUGUUCUCUGUUUUAGUCACAGCAGUUAUUACAGAUGCUAUAAAAAAUGCUGUUGGUAGACCUCGGCCAGACUUCUUUUGGCGUUGUUUUCCUGAUGGAAAGGAUGUUUAUGAUAUGUUGGGAAACGUUAUAUGCCACGGUGACAAAAAUGUCAUAAAGGAAGGACAUAAAAGUUUUCCCAGUGGGCAUACUUCGUGGUCCUUUGCUGGUCUAGGUUUUCUGUCACUCUACUUAUCCGGGAAAAUAAAAGUAUUUGACCGCAGAGGCCAUAUUGCAAAAUUAUGUAUCAUCUUUUUUCCUUUACUUUUUGCAACACUUGUUGGCAUUUCACGGGUGGAUGACUACUGGCACCACUGGCAGGAUGUAUUUGCUGGGGGUCUCUUAGGGCUCACAGUGGCUACGUUUUGCUAUUUGCAGUUCUUUGCACCCCCAUAUCAUCCUGAAGGUUGGGGGCCUUAUGCAUAUUUUCGGGUGUUGGAGGAGUUGCAUGGAAGAACACAAGCAACCAAUGCCGUCAAUGCAGGCAAUAUGCAGGCCAUGGAGGCGCAGGUUGACAACAAACAAGAUGAAAGAAGCAUCCACGGGUGUAUCGGUAUAUCCCUGGCACACAAUUAUAGUUCAAAAUUGGAAGAAAUCAAAUCUGGCAGGACAUAGUGCUGUAUAUAUUUUGCGACACGGUCCAAUCUCAGCACCAUUUACUUCAUCUACAUUUAUGUGUACGCAUAUGCGCACUAGACGAUAGGUUGCCUCUACUUGUCCAAGUAAAUUUUGAAACUUUCGAAUGCGGUUUUUAUGUACAAUAUAAAGCCGAAGUGUAGCUUGAAAAUGAUGCAAACUUUGAUCCUCUUCAAAGCUUGAUUUAUGAUUCAAUUUGUUGUAGGUUUGUAAAACACUCUUAUAAAGCUUACGGUUUGAGUGAA